GUUGCAUGAACUCAAUUCAGUCGCGUGCUUGAAACAGAAAGUUCAACUCACCCUACUUUGUGUAUUUAACUUUACACUUCGGAAAAAAGCAAUAAAAAGCCUUACGGAAAUAGUUAGGAAACGGGCAACAACAACAACAACUAAAACAGCAACUUGAACUCAAAACUAAAAACUCAAAAAUCACAAAAAACGAAACGCCAUCGAAAUCGUUAAUUGAACUCUUAUUUUAUUUAUCAACUUUUGCCGAAAACGGUGUCAAGCGCGGCCUAGAAAAAGAUAUAAAACUAAGGUGACGAAAAAGUCGUCCCAAAAGAAAUUAAAUUCCAAGCACGUUGCAGACAAAAUUACGCAAACAAAACGGGAAAAAACUAAAAACUAAACCCAACUGCAGCAGCAACUACAAUUUGAACAGCUGACGACGUUCGAUGAACGUUUCGGGUUACACAAAUGCAGGCAAAGCUCUUGGCUAACUCCCAUCCGAGGUAAAGUGCGGCGGCGGAGAGCUUUUCCCCCCUUCCAGCUGAACUUGAAAGUGAAAGUGAAGAAAGAGGGGAAACCCCCGUCAAAGAGCAAAAGAAAGAAAGAAAGAAGAAAUAAGAGACCAAGGCUUGAGCCACGUUUUUCGUUUUUUUACUGUUGCCGCUUUUGCUGGAGUGUCCAAAAACCUCUCAGAGCAUCAGCCAAGGUCGUCUGGAUAAGUUAGGCUUGUAAAUAUCGACAUGAAUAACGCCAAGGAUCAGGAGCAGGAUCAGAAACAGGAGGUGUACGAGGUAAAAGCCCCACAUGCGGGAGCCGAGGGUCACACCUUUCUAGUAAGUCCUGUGGAUCCCACACCCAUCCUACAGCCCAUACUCACCGCUGUGCCUGUGAUGAAGCCCAGGGAUUCGGCUCCAGCGAUGGGGAAACCUCGACAGGAAAUGGAAGAAGAUAAGGAGGAGCUGCCCUGCUGCAGCUCCCAGGCUGUGGUGCCGCUCUCCUCAUCGCUGCCCUCCAAGCUGCUGCGUUUCCAUGCCAAGCGUUCGGCCCAGGCUCUGCUCCAUCAAAUGGAAUCCCUGGACUCCCAGCUGGGCAGCAGCAAUGGCAGCUCCUCGGAGGACACUUCGCCCAGUGCGCCACCCAUGUCGCCCACAGAUCAUCAGCUAGUGGACGUAGGCAUGGGCUCUUCCAUAGGCGACUCUGAAGAGUCCUCGGAGGAGGGAGACGAACUGAAACCCCUGGCCGUAGACAAUCACAUCAUGCACGAGGUGGACCUCAACGAACGACAGAACUCACCUCCAGCGGUGCUGAGUGAGGCCAAUUUGGAGAAGUUCCGCAAGCACCAGAUGGACAACAUCUAUCUGCAUCCCAACUUCAGUCUAGAUGCCUCGCCGCCGCCAGCUGUGGCUCCAGCCAACUCACCUGUGCUGGAGGCUAAGCGGACGCAUCGCUCGUUCCUGGCCCUCAAAAAGGAAAAGGAAGAGGAGCAACCGAAGGAGUUGGAGCACCAUCAUCACCCAGAGCGGGAGCUAGCCAGUCCCCAGGAACCAAAUGAGAUAGACAGCCUGGAUCCUUCACUAAUUCCCAGCGAGGAACUGGCCGCCGAGAUCACCGAGGCCGUGGAGUUCUAUUUCUCCAACGAGAGCAUUCUCAAGGACGCCUUCCUUCUCAAGCACGUGCGCCGCAACAAGGAGGGCUUUGUGAGCCUCAAGUUGGUGUCCAGUUUCAAGAGAGUUCGUCAAUUAACCCGGGAGUGGAAGGUAGUGGGCGAUGCUGUGCGUCGCAAGUCCCGCAAGAUCGAGCUCAAUGAUGUGGGCACUAAGGUGAGGAGGAUUGAUCCUUUGCCCAGUUUCGACGAGACCAUGCCUUCGCGCACGAUUGUGGCCUGUGACCUGCCCAUGGAUAAGCUGACAAUUGAAAAGGUCUCGGAUUUGUUCUCCCGCUGUGGUGAGAUUGCCCUGAUCCGCAUCUUGAAACCAGGAAUGGCCAUACCCGUGGAUGUGCGUCAGUUCAUGAACAAGUAUCCCGAGCUGCAGCAGAAGGAGUGUGCCUUGGUGGAGUACUUGGAGUCCUCUUCCGCUAGGGAGGCUCUACAUCUGAGUGGUCCCUUCCAGGUGUAUGAGAUGGUGGCGCCCAAGAAGAAGACCGGCAAGAAGGCGGCCGUCAUCCAGAUUGCCGCUCCAGUGGCCCGCAUGGUGGAGAACUAUCGCUACUACAAUGAUGCCAGCUACGAGAGGAGUCGCGGCGGCAGCUUCUCGGGCCACGAGACCGUUCCUGAUCUGCGCUUCAAGCUGAAGAGGAACAACUCGGAUUUCCAGCCGAACUACUACCAGCAGCAAAUGGCGCCCAACUAUCAUGCCAUGCCUUAUCAGCCACAGCCGCACCAGCAGCACUUCCAGCCGCGUGGCAGCAUUGGAUCCGGUGGCAUCCAGAACCAGGAUCCCUCGGGUUUUUUCGGCUAUGGUCCCAGGCGUUACAGCAACACAUCCACAAUCUCCGCCAACACGGCGGCUGCCUUGGCCGAAUGCUCUCCUACGUCUGCUGCUGCAGUCGCUCCUAACUCUGGAGGCCAUCCCAUUAGCAAUCUGCAAAGGCGUCUGUCCAACUGUUCCGAGCAGAACUACACACCCGAGGGAAAUGCUUCCAUGUCCAGGAGGGCCAGUAACUGCUCGGUAACCGAUACAGGAGCUCCUCAGCGACGGGACUCCAACUGCUCGGAGAGUUGUCCUUGCUCGCGACGCGUUUCCGACUUUGGCCAGACACCAGCUGAGAAUAGUUUCCGGAAGACCUCGGUGUGCUCCAAUGGAAGUUGUCCCGGCAACCAGGGCCAGCAGGAGCGUCGCUUCUCCAACGGAUCCAUGCAGUUCGAGCGGACCUUCUCGAAUGCCAGCGAGAACAGCGGCUUCUAUCGUCGUCCUUCAAAUGAUUUCAAUAUUGAGAGGGAGCCCAUCCAGACGGAUCAGAUGGUGGGUGGUGGCGGCGGUGGCUACCAGGUGUGGCCCCGCAGGUACUCCAAUAACUUCCAGCAGCUGAGCAACAAGCUGGCGGCCUACGACAAUGCCCAGUACAUUGGCGGCAGGCGCAUUUCCACGGACUCGGGCUACGAUCGUCGCUAUUCCUUUGGAUCGGAGUUUGAAGGAUCUCCCAGAUCCCGAACUGGCAGCUUCCUGAGCAACUACAAGCAUGGAGGAGAUGGUUACGAUGGACAGCCCAGAUCUCGCACUGGCAGCUUCCUCGAUGGCUCACCUCGCUCCCGCUCGGGAUCCUUUGCCCAGCGGGCGGCCGAGAGCCUGGUGCGCACUCCCAUGGGUCCGGAUGGGAGCAAGGGCUUUGGCCAGCGGGCCAGGAAGUUUGGCCAGGCCAUAUCACCUGUCUAGAAGAAGAUUGUAGAAUUUUGUUGAUUAUUUAUAGGGGGAAGAUAAACAUAAACUGUUAUAGAACUCCGUUUAAAGCGGGUAAUCGUAUGUGAAAUUAAUGGCUGUACACUGUGAUGCUGUCCAACUUGUUAAAUGUCCCACAAACACACACACACAUACACCCCUAGAGCAACUUAGGUUAGGAACAGAGAAACCUAUAUAUUAUCACUGAAAUUUACAAGGGGUUUUUGUCAGGCUAAUGUGGAACCUCAACUGCCCAUUAUUAUAUUUUUACAUGCAACAUAACUACAACAAUCACUGCCAAUAGCUUAAGUUUAAACAAAACUCUUGAAAUCACUUAUUAAUUGGCUUGGUAGACGCAUAAGAUUAUACUUAACUAAUCAAAGUAAUCAAUAUAUACGAUUGACCAUUAACCAGUUGAUAGUUUGUAGGUUUUAUUAAUCACCAUUGUUAUUAUUAUUAUUGAAGUAUAAUUACUAGAAGUAGAGAGCGGGCCCAACUAUAUUCACAAAGUCUCACAUGACUUCUAGAGUUCUUGUUAUAGCUGCGUAUGUCCUUAUGAUAAUCCACUGCUGACUUAUAUGCAGGUUUAUUAAUGUUUUUUUUAUUGCCAAUAAAAGUUCGCAAUUAGGUUAGACACACAUAUAGGAUAGUCCAAAACCCAUAAAUCAAACGGCUGCCAUAAAAAUCAGAUAUAUAGAAACGUGGCCAUAGUUACCAGAUGCAAAUAAUACGGAUGUAAUUGGAAGAAGGUGCGCCAGGGAUCCAAGGAAAAUUUUAAUUAGAGUCUCAGGUCAUUAGGUUUAACCCCAGCAGGUUCCACAUUAUCUUCACAAACCCCUUAAAAUGUAACUUUCACAACCUUUUCUUUUAAUUUUUUAUGUUUUUAUUAUUUCAACACAUCUUUGUUCUUCAAUUAAAAGUAUAGUUAGCUUAAUUAGUUUAAGAAAACUUGGUUGUCCUUCGUUCGAAGGAAACAGCAAAACGGAUUAUUACAGGAGAGAAUAAAAAUAUUUUUCAUUUUUAGCUUUUAAUUUCAAUUUUCUACAAAAGCAUUAAUCUGUUAAUUAAUGUUUACCCAAAAUGCAAUAAAUUAUAUAUUAUGCGUGUUAACCAUAAA